AUGGGUGCUAUGCGCACUGUUGCAGACUGGCGCAAAUUGCCACUCAGUCUCACAGAGCUUUGCAUUGACACCACCCUUCGCUGCGGACAAUCGUUCAGGUGGAGAAAGUUUGAAGAUGAAUGGUCUUGCACGCUUCACGGGCGCAUCAUAUCGUUGAAGCAAGAUGCCUCACACUUGCAUUACCGAGUGGUCUGGCCGGAGAAGAGCUCGCGCACGGAAUCCCUGGGAAAUGGGCCUUUACAAGACGACACGGAGGCUUUAUUAAAGCAUUAUUUUAGCUUGAAGGUCGAUCUGGAAUCGUUGUAUAAGCAGUGGUCUGACGCAGACCCUAACUUUCGCAAGCGAGCUCCGCAGUUUACCGGCGUCCGCAUCUUGAGUCAAGACGCCUGGGAGACCCUCGUUAGCUUCAUAUGUAGUAGUAACAAUAACAUAUCGAGAAUAUCCCAGAUGGUUCACAAGCUGUGUGUGACAUACGGUCCUCUCAUCGGCCACAUCGGAGAUACCCCCUUUCAUGACUUCCCCAAACCUGAGGCUUUAUUGGGCGCAGAGGUUGAGUCCCAAUUAAGGAACCUGGGUUUUGGGUAUCGUGCCAAAUACAUCGCCAAAACCGCACAAAUCGUGGCUGGGAAGCCUCACGACAUUUGGGGCAAGGAGGCCGGCUGGGCGCAUUCUGUCCUCUUCACGGCCGAUCUGCGAGCAUUCUCUGAUAGGAACGCACAGAAAGCAGAGGCCGCAAUCAUCAAGGUGAAGAAGGAAGAGUCAGCAAAUGGCAGCGGGAAACUCUCGCCGUGA